AUGUCCAAAGAACCAGACAGCCUCCUCAGCUACCAGCGGGCGGAUGAGGAGGCCGUGGUCGACCAGGGAGGAACCAGCUCUGUGCUCAACAUCCACUAUGAGAAAGAAGAACUGGAGGGACACAGGGCUCUGUACGUGGGGGUGCGGAUGCCUCGUCAAAGCCACAGACACCACCGGCCCCACGGCUCCAGGCACCGCAGGAGAGAGCGGAGAUCAGGGAGCAACACCUCGGCCCCGAGCGAGGAGGCCUACCGGACCGGCAGCCACGACACGCCGUCCCAGAGAGUGCAGUCCAUCCUGGGCACGGAGGAGGACGCGGAGCACGAGGCCCACGACCUGUUCACGGAGCUGGACGAGAUCUGUGUUCGCGACGGCAAAGACGCCGAGUGGAAGGAGACGGCACGGUGGCUGAAGUUCGAGGAGGACGUGGAGGACGGCGGCGAGCGCUGGAGCAAACCCUACGUGGCCACGCUGUCUCUGCACUCUCUGUUCGAACUGAGGAGCUGCCUCAUCAACGGCACCGUGCUGCUGGACAUGAGAGCGGACUGCAUCGAGGAGAUCGCAGAUAUGGUCUUGGACCAGCAGGAGGCGUCACACGAGCUGGACGACAGCGCAAGAGUGAAAGUGCGCGAGGCUUUAUUGAAGCGACACAAGCACCAGAACGAGAAGAAGAAGAACCUGAUUCCCAUGGUGCGCUCCAUCACCGAGGGCGCCCGCAAACAGUCGGAGCCGGUCCUCGCAGGCAACACGGCUCUUCUUCAGCCCAACGCCCUCAACGCUGAACACAAGAACGGCUCUGCCCCAGACGCACAUCCGGAUCUCAGCAAGGUGGACAUGCACUUCAUGAAGAAGAUUCCAGAAGGAGCAGAGGCCUCCAACGUGCUGGUGGGAGAGCUGGACUUCCUGGAGCGGCCCAUCGUGGCUUUUGUGCGUCUGUCUCCGGCGGUGCUGCUCACGGGGCUCACCGAGGUGCCCAUCCCCACCAGGUUUCUCUUCAUCCUCUUGGGCCCGAACGGGAAGGCUCAACAGUACCACGAAAUUGGACGCUCCAUGGCCACGAUAAUGACGGAUGAGAUCUUCCAUGACGUGGCGUACAAGGCCAAAGACCGCAAUGACCUUCUGGCCGGGAUAGACGAGUUCCUGGACCAGGUGACGGUGCUGCCUCCCGGAGAAUGGGACCCCUCCAUCCGCAUCGAGCCACCCAAGAACGUGCCCUCGCAGGAGAAGAGGAAGAUGCCGGCGGUGUCCAACGGCAGCGUGUGUCCAGCGGAGGAGGAGCAGGCGGAGCACCACGGGCCGGAGCUGCAGAGGACCGGCCGGUUGUUUGGAGGUCUGAUCAUGGACAUCAAAAGGAAAGCUCCGUUUUAUCUGAGUGACUACAGAGACGGCCUGAGCCUGCAGUGCGUGGCCUCCUUUCUCUUCUUGUACUGUGCCUGCAUGUCUCCGGUCAUCACCUUCGGGGGGCUGCUGGGAGAGGCCACAGAGGGACGCAUCAGUGCCAUUGAGUCCCUGCUGGGGGCCUCCAUGACUGGAGUGGCCUACUCACUGUUUGCCGGGCAGCCCCUCACCAUUCUGGGCAGCACGGGUCCAGUCCUGGUCUUUGAGAAGAUCCUCUUCAGAUUCUGCAGGGACUACGGCCUGUCCUACCUGUCCCUGCGCACCUGCAUCGGUCUGUGGACGGCCUUCCUGUGCCUGCUGCUGGUGGCCACAGACGCCAGCUCUCUGGUCUGUUACAUCACACGCUUCACUGAGGAGGCCUUCGCUGCCCUCAUCUGCCUCAUCUUCAUCUACGAGGCUCUGGAGAAACUCUUCCACCUCAGGGAGGUCUACCCCUUCAACGGACACAGCGACCUGGACAAGCUCACGCUGGCUUAG